AUGGAUGUCAAAAAUACAAUAUUAGAACAAGAAAGAAUAUAUGAAGAUUUUUUAAUAAGAAUUUAUAAUAAAUCUAUCGAUGGUUUAACUGAAAUACUUAAUGAGAUAAGUCGUUUUAGACGAUACGCAUGGUUUUAUUCAGAAUUACAUCAAAUUAAUAGUUUAAAAUUAAAUAUAAAUUCAAUUCAAGAAAAAUAUGAUUUUGAUAUUGAAACUAUUCUUAAUAAAAUCAAACAACAAAGAGAAAUUAUAAAAGAUACAUUUAAACAAUAUGAAAAAGAAGAAUAUUUAAAUAAAUUCUUAAAUGAAAUUGAUAAUUUUAUUAAUAAAAUAUCUGAUAAACUUUUUCUAUUAUCAAUAUUUUUGUCUAUUGGUUUAUAUAAUUCAAUUGAUACAAUAAUUGCUCUUUUUACUGGUUCUGGUGUUCUUGGUAUUGAUCCAAUUCAAAGAGGAUUAAUUAUUAAUAAUACAGCAAGUGAAAUUAUGUUUAAAGAUAAAUUAGAAGAUUUAGAUCAAAAAUUCACAUUUAUUAUUAAUUAUAUUCGUACGAACAAAAAACAAGAAUUAGAUCAUCUCAAUUUAUAUUUUAAUAUAUUUAAAAAUAAUUUAUCUCAUUAA